AGGAAGAGGCGAGGGUCGCGCUGCGUCGCCAGUAUUUACAUCUUCAGCUCCUGGGUAUAUUUAGCCAUGUUCUGGGCUUGUAAGCACGGUAUUAUACAUACCUCGUGAGCUAAACACUCGCCGUGGGUCGUAAUUUGGUGGUGACUAUGCCAGAGAAGCUGUCGUUGUCUCUUUUGGCUGAAUUGUUUUUUAUCAAGUUAUGGAAGGGCGUCCUGGGACGCUGUAGGACUCGAUUGGCAGCAAAAAACACGUGUUUAUCCUCCGGAGUGUGAGUGUCACACCCCCCAGGCGCCCUCACCUGCUCUCACCUCACACCGCAGUGUACAUGUCAGGGUUUCAUAGUGACUGUCAUCAGUGCUGCUGUGAAGAAGAGGAGUCGAGCAGGGGUUGAUCGAUCACAGUGGCGAGACGAGAGCAGGCGAGCCAGCAUCACCUCCCUCUCCUUCACCUAAGUUAUUUGCUGGAUCAGAAAUUGUUUAGGUGCUCGUAAAGGGAAAUUUUGUGAUCCUUGAGAAUGGCAAUGAAAGAGGUAACAGUUGAAUGUGAUGAUGCUGGUGUUGAGGUCCGGGUGAUCGGAGACCCAGUCGGUAAAGGAUUAUUCGCUACUCGCAAUUUCAAGUCAGGAGAGGUUAUCUUUGAAGAAAGACCGCUGGUUUCUUGUCAGUUUUUAUGGAAUGCAGCCUAUGGAUACCUUGCUUGUGAUUAUUGUAUGAGACCCCUAGAAACAGCAGAAGAAAAUGCCUGCAGGCUGGCCCAAAAUUCUCAGCUGACACUACCAUAUCCCGAGUGCUGCGACACCAAGAAAGAUGCUCUUGUAGAAUGUCCAUAUUGUGAUGCCUCAUAUUGUAGCAGAGAAUGUAGAGACAGCGCUUGGAAUCAGUACCACGACACUUUGUGCUUGCGAUCAUUCAUGCCAGACCGUUCCCAUCCUCUUGUAAUGCUUCAGGAAGCUUGGAAGUGGUGGGGAUUGCAGCCUGAUACUUAUCACUGCCAGGGGUCUGCGAGCCAAAAGAAAAUAAGGAGCAGUGAAGUAGAGUAUGGACAAAUGCAUUACCCCCCAGAGACAGCAUGCAUUAUGCUUCUGGCACGAAUCAUUGCUACUGUGCGUCAAGCUGCUGACAAGGAGGGAGCAACAGCUUUGUUUAUGCAAUUCUGCCAUCGCACAGUGAAUGAAGAGGAGGAGAUUGCCCACAAGCUACUUGGGGUAGAGUUCCAGGACCAGUUGGAGGCUCUGCGAUUAAUGAUGGAAAAGGGUUUAGGUGCUCCAGAAGUUCAACAUUGGCUAACUCCUGAAGGCUUCAGAUCUUUGGUUGCAUUAGUAGGUACAAAUGGACAAGGUAUUGGCACAAGUCCUCUCAGCCGAUGGGUGCGCAAUUGUGAUGCUCUGGAAAUUACUGCUGCUGAGAGAGAGAAGCUUGAUCAAGCAGUUGAUGAGUUGUAUGUGCAAUUGGAAAAGGAGGCAGGAGGGUUCCUCAACAAUGAGGGGUCAGGGCUGUAUCCACUACAGAGCUCCUGUAACCACAGUUGUGACCCCUGUGCCAUGCCCACUUUUCCUUACAAUAACUUCCACCUGGUGAUGACAGCAGUGAAGGACAUUACAGCUGGGGAUGAGAUCUGCGUCAGUUACCUUGAUGAAUGUAAUCUGAAUAGGAGUCGACAUUCCCGUAUUGCGAUUCUCAGGGAAAACUACUUAUUUACGUGCCGUUGCCCAAAGUGUGAAGAGCAGGCUGGAGACCCAGAUAUAACGAGUGAAGAAGAAAUGGACGAAGAUGAAGAAGAGGAAAAUAAGUAAAAUUGGUAUGUAAGAAAAGAGUAAUAAACUACAGUAUAUUGCAGGAAGACAGUCGUGAUUCUGAGCAUUGGAGUUUGUCGCUGACAGAAUAAUUGGGAGACACGUUUUAAUUAUACCUGUAAUUGCAUGGUUAGGAUAGACAAGAAGCAGACCAUUACAAAGAAGUUUUUUGUAUGGUAGCUAAUGCUUGCAGGUUUUGGUGAUAAAUGGAAAGUCAACAUUUAUUGUGUUCAGUGCUUCCAGAGAAUAUUAUAGCUAUUACAUCAACUACAUCACCAAAGACUUUUGUCUUACUCUGCAUAAUUAUUGGAACUAAAUUAAAUUCACCUGGUCAGGGGUGCUACUGCAUCAUAAGUGGGGGUGCAAGAUAUUAAAUCAUUAAAAUUUAAAAGAUAUAAUAGGAAAAUAACAUAAUUUGCAGAUAGAUAUAACUGCAGUGACAGGAAAUUGAGAUAAUUAAUAGUGCUUUUUUUCAUCUUUGCCGCUUUUGUUAGGGUAAUAAAUCACUAUAAAUAAGUUAAUAAGUGUUAGACUUCUACCUCCAAAUGUAUUUGUAACUAUAGUACAGUACUUUGUCGUUGUCUUUUAUCCGUGUGACAGAUGUUCAGCAUAGUUCAUUAACUGGGUGGCAUAUGUACAAUGAGGGUCAUUAUAUGAGUGACAGGUGUGAUGUACAUCAUAGACCGUCAUAAAGGGACAGGUGUACUGUACAUCAUAGGCCAUCACAUGAGUGACAGGUGUACUGUACAUCAUAGACAGUCAUAUGAGUGACAGGUGUGCUGUACAUCAUAGGCCAUCAUAUGAGCGACAGGUGUACUGUACAUCAUAGGCCGUCAUAUGAGCGACAGGUAUACAUUGUAGUUCACUAAAACUGUAGGUCAAAUUAUACUGAAAAGAAAUUUUUAACAGUAUUACUGACAAAUAGUAGAAAAGAAAUUUUUUAUGAUAUUUUAUAUUUAUUUGUGCAGUAAUGGUCUGGAAAACAGAAAGUGCUUGAUCGAAUAUUAUAAUUGGGAAUGACUGAUUGAUAUUGCCUUAAAAAAUACACAUACACAUUUAAGUGUCAGUACAAUCAUUAGUUGAAAUGGUGUUUUGCAAGAUGUAUUUUAGUAAUACAGGGAAUACUUAAGGCAUUAAUACUCAUUUGGUUUUUAUAUUAGAAAGCUAGUGGUCUGACAACAAUAUGAAUGUUAUCAAGCAAAAUACUGUAUAUCGAUUCCAAUAGAUAAUGGUCAGGAGGUUAUGACCAGAAUAUAAUUAUAUCGUAAGAAGUUAUGCAGUAAUAAGUAUUUUCUGAGAUUUCUUACUAAGCUGCUGUUAUGAAUGAUCAAUGUUAAUCAAGUUUUUAUAUACAACUUGAUUUAAAAAAAUGCAAUAUUAUAUAAAGAGAGCAAUAAAUAGACUAAGGGAAUACUGAUUAUGUUUGAUCAGUAAUUGGCCAUACAAUUAACUAUAAUCAAUUCUUAAUGCUGUGGCACUGAAUUGACAAAACACAAUUUUUGAAAAUUUACAAAAUUAGUUUUGUUGGUGUUCAGAUUAUUAUAAAUAUUUGGGAAUUUUAUAUGUACACAAAUUAAGCAUAUGGCAUAGAAAAGAUAUUUUUAUCUGAGCAUGCUUUCUGGAGUAAUUCCCUUCUUCUGAGUUAAGACUAAGACAGGGAAGAAGGCAAAUUUAAGGAGGAGGAGAGAGGAACAGUCAUAAGGGGGGAGAGAAGGAGGAGGGGGGUAGGGGCACAGAGGCUCGGGGCAGGUGUCGGCACUACACAGGGGAGAGAAGAAGUGGGAACAAUGAGGCAGAAGUCAAAGGUUGACACAACCGAUAAUAUUAAACAUGAGUUAGACAGGAGAAAGUAAAAAACAAAAAUCAAUAUGAAGUGCUAAACAAAAAUGUUUUAUUUUGUUUAUUUUUUGUUUAUUGCUUCAUAUUUGUUUUUUCUUCUACACUCUCCUGUCUCUCUAACUUAUGUUUAAUAUUAUUCCUUAUCAUCAGUUACUUGUAUAUAUUAUAUGUUCUGUCAACCUUCCACUUCCAGCUCAAUGUUCUUACGUCUUCUCCUAUGUUCCUAAUAUGUUCCUGUGUAGCGCUGACAUUUGUCACGGGCCUCUGUGCCCCUACCCCCCUUCCUUCUGGUGCUACAUGGCCUUCACGGCUUGGUACCUUCUUUUGAUAAUUACUUAAUUCCCUCCUCCUCUUCCCCUUUAUGACUGUUCCUCUCUCCUUAAAUUUCCCUUCUUCCCUAUCUAUGUCUUAGUCUCAGAUGAUCACAGAAGACCUUCAUCUCCAAAGAAGGGAAUUAUCUUUAAAAGCAUGUCCAGAUGAAAAUGUAUUUACUGUUCCAUCUGGAUGAGUUACAUUUUUUGAAGAUCGGUGUUGUGAUCUUGUUUGCUCAUAAAUAAAUUAAUAUAU